AUGGUUUGCCGCUCAGAAAAUCAGCUCUCAUAUUUGUUAAACUCAUCUUUUAUAACGAAUUCAAACUCGAUUCUUACCCAUUACCAUAACCGCCUGAUAUCUGAUGUGCACAUUCUGGCAAAAUCCCUGAACUCUUAUUUUCCAACAAAACAGUGGAAAAAAGCUGUUGCCUCAUUAUCAUCUCACUACUUCCUUGAUCAAGGACGGAUUGUGCAAAGCCUAUGUUAA